AAAUUCAGGAAGCUAAACAAGGCAUAAGGACGUUUCUCAGUCAUUUUGGACCGAUGUUCUGCUUGUCCCGAUAGUCCUCCCCUGUAGAAACUAGACCUGCCCUCCUUUAGAACACCAGUAGGCAUAGAAAGAUGCUGUAGUUUGCCUGGAAUGAGAAACUAAGACUUCAACAAACUUCAAGAUUUAUACCUCACUCUAUUACAACCACACAACUGCUGUGGGUCAGGUUGAUGACUACAUGGCGAUGGCAAUGUCUACCAAACCGAAGGGUCCGCUUUGUAAGGUCUGCGGCGAUGAGUCGUCGGGCUUCCACUACGGCGUUGACUCCUGCGAGGGCUGUAAGGGGUUCUUCCGACGCUGCAUCACGCAGGGCAUGAUGCACCGUUGCGCCAAUAGUGAGAAGUGUGAGAUUACGCCGUUCACCAGGAACAGUUGCCAGUACUGCCGGCUAAAGAAGUGUUUCCAAGUAGGCAUGUCUCGGGAAGCCUCAAGACUCGGAAGACGCCCCAAACGAUUAAAGGUUGGUGAACAGAGUAAUUUGAAAGCCGUGCCAAAGAUUGCCCCAUAUCCUGCUCUCGAUCCUCAGACUCUCAGCCAGCUCCGCAUGGCCGAACUCCAGCGCUUACUCCGGGCAACCAACGGAAAACAGCCAAACUUUCCUUUGACUAUGAUGCCAAAUUAUCCACAUGAGGCGUACCAGUGUAACACAGAGAUGCCCCCUAUGCAGGAAUAUACGAACCAAAAUAUUAGUAGCUUCAAUAACAAUACUGAUUAUAUGUACAAUAAAUACGACAAUUCUAUGAAAGUUCAGUACGGGAAUCAGAUGCAUCAGUACCCGCCUAGUACGAUGGGAGUCGGGAUGGGGGCACCACAGCAGUAUUCACAGGAAUUUAAGGAGGAGUAUAGGUCAUCUUGCAUGGCACAGCAGCCGCUGCCAGACGUCACGACCACGACGAUGUCUGACGUCAUGCCGGCGCAGACGCCGGUAAAUAUCAAUGAAACGUGCAUGAGUAUUGUGCAGGACAUCCCACCGAUGGAGCCAAUUCAAGACGCGCCAAAAAUGGAGCCAAUUAGCCCGUCGACGAGUGUCAUGUUACCAGAAAGCACAACGGAUAUACUCCCUAGUAUGUUCUAUUUUAUGAAAAUUCCACAGGAUAUUGAGCGCAUGGUCGAACCAAUUUCUGACGGGAAAGACCCGAUUUCAACAAUACGCCAACAGAUACCUGAUUUAAAGAAUAACGACAGUCAUCAGAAUCCUGAAACGGCAAAGUUAGUGGAGCAGAUGAUAGAGGCAGUGAUAGAAGCUCAUGAGAAAACAUGUGUAUUCACUGAAGCGAAGAUGGCGGAGGCGUUUCAGCGACUGGCAAAUCGGCCAAAACAUCUGAUGAUGACCUUGUACCAAGCCGACCCAAACUGUACCGAUGUUGAACCAGCUCCCUAUGAAUGUUGGCAACGGUUUCUCGAUAACAUGGUCCCCAUCAUAACGCGAGUCGUGAAAUUCUGCAAGUAUUUACCGGGGUUUGUUGAGUUACAUCAGGAGGACCAGAUCCGUCUAAUCAAGCAGGGGUCGUUUGAGGUGAUGAUCACUCGCUUCUGUAUGCUGGUUGAUGACGUCAACGAGACGAUGUUUGACCCAAACUUAGAGGACAACAUCCCAAGGCAACUUAUUAAGAAGAUGCCCAUCGGUAGUUUCUUCGAUGAGUUUUUCAACAUCGCUGCCAAAGUGAACCCUUUGAAAUUAACUCGGGAAGAAAUGGGCCUCUUUACUGGGAUUAUGAUCAUGUCACCUGAUCGCGUCGGUUUACAUAACUACAAGGCAAUCAGCAAAUUACAGUUUCUCUACCUCCAAGCAUUUCAUACCUACAUCACUAGGAAAUACUCUGAGGAUUCCAUGUUCUACAAAGCGAUCGAGAUCAUCCCACUGCUGCGGAAGAUCAACACGACUCAUGCACAGGUGCUUAAUAACAUUAAGAUGAAGCUCCCAGAUGCCGCAUCUCAUUUCCCUGAGCUCCAUCAGGAGGUCUUUGACGGGGAGGUGUAGGGACACAUCAUUGAUUGUGCCCCCCCCCCCCCAGGUGGUGCUGGCAUCCUAGAACCUUGUAUAGUUGAGACAUGACAAAAACUGGCAUGAAAUUCUUUCUUCAAAACUUUGUUGGAUUUGUAAUGGAGGCGGCAGUAGAAACGAUGCAAUUGACAUGACUGGGAAUUGUGGGAUGACGCCUAUCUGCAUGUAAUGUUAAGAGGUUUCAAAUCUUAGAAUUGAUUUGUGACGGGUUGUAAAAUGUAACAUGUAAUUUGCGAGUCAGUCUUAACAGUGAAUAGAUUUUUCUGAUGUUCCAACAUUUUCUUUGUUGUCCACAAAACUUCUGUGAACGGCUAGGUGAGAAAAAUUCAAAUUAUAAAGUUAGGAUUUUUAAGUAAAUAGCUUCACACCGAUGAAUUUCAACGAAAGUAUAGUUAAACUGCUUACUACAUAUCAGUAUUAUGAUGGUUAUUUACUGCUGAAUGCGAAGACAAUCAUGUCCUUCAAACUGAAAGAAGUUUGAUUUUUUUGCCCCUCUCCAAAACGUACCGUCAAAAUGAAUCCUGCAGAAACCCUGGCAUCGAUUCCCAAAAUACCGCCAACUGACUCACGGCCGGUAAGGUAACGCAGUGCUGCUGGCCAUUCUGAAUACAGUGACAAUCCAGGUCUGUUUAGCAUUUUGAGCUUAAUUGAUGAAGUUCUUAGUAUGUCAGGGUAAUUUCUUGGUUGUGAUUUAUUUCAUGAAGAUUGUCAAUUCAUUAUACAUGUUAUUUUUGUAUUUUUCUGCGAUGCCUGGCAGGCGAUGGCUUUAUAUACUUGCCUGUUGGAAUUAUAGGUUCAGUUGAUGAAGUAUUACCCUCUUUAAUGAUGGGAACAUUUUUUAAAUGAAUUAAGAAUGAGACGAGUGACAAACAGGGUAAUAAUCCUUAUUAUGUAGUUUAGGUGUUGACAAUAAUACCAGUAUACUGUGAACCAGGAAAUUUUUGUGAGCUUUUUAUUUUCGUGACGUUUGAAAUGCACUGUCAAUGCAUAAAGUAGUACAUUUUGGCUACAUACGGGAUAUUUAGUCUAUCAUAUGAAAAUGAGAAAAAUCCAACAACUUCAAGCAUCGCGAGAAUUUCCUGGUUUACAUGAUGUGUUUCUGGCAUGAAUUUUUGAGAACAUGCAGUUUUAUGAUUUUAAAUCAGAUGAGACAUUUGCUUGGAUGGAUUCAAAUUCAAUUCAAAGCUGCCAGUGCAUAGGGGUUAAUAUCAGCGGGAUGAUGCCACAGACGUCUAUAUAGUACUGUAUUAAUAGAAAGAUACAUGUUUAGUUUUGUUUACCUCUGUUGUAUUGUGUCCUUUAAAUCAUUGACAAUACGAUACCAAAAAUCACUUUGUUUGUUUUUCAAAAACCUCUGUGGCAUGACCUCUGUUUGAGUUGGAAUGUAGUUGGUAUAGAUAUUUGCACCACGGUUUGACCGCCAACAGUAAAAAUAUCUAGUGAAAUACAUGUAUUGUUAAAAACAUUCAAAAAAAUAUUGUUAAAAAUUUGUAUUUUGGAAAGACUUUUUUGUUGUAUUGUAUAAAUCCCCAUGUGCCAUACAUUUGUCGUGUUUAUUGUGGUAUUGUUAAACAUUUACGAUGGAUGCAAUGUAUGCUUAGCUUAGUGACAACUGAAAUGUACAUGUACUUGUAUACAUUAGCAAUGCUACAUGUCGGCCUACUAUACAACACUACAUGUACCACAAUAACUGGGAUCUCAUGAUAAUGUCUUGAAGUCCUGCAGUUGUAUAAUGGUACAGCCCAUUUCAAAGCCUCAAGCAUAAUUGGGUGAUCUCAUUAUUGUAUCAUAGGGGUGUUGCGUCUGAGACAAUCAAAUUACAUUGCAGUAUUACCAUAUAUGGUCACAAUGAUGUGUAGGAAGAAAUAUGAUAGUAUUUCGUCAUUUUGUACAGAAAAGUGGGGAUAUUUUGCCGGAUUUGUUAUCUUUGUGAACAAGAUGUUAUCGAAACAAGUCUCGUCUAUUGAGAUUUUUAUGAGUUAUUUCUGCUGUAUCAUUUCUGCAUUUGGGAAACAUGAUGACCACACUGUUAAGCAUCUUGACCCUGUACUCGGUUGAUGAGGUUAUGGUGGGAGGACCUCUGAUGGUGCAGAAUGACUAUUGGGUGGAUCUCAGAUUCCAACCCAAGGCCUCAUGCCUAGAGUUAAGGCUGCAGCUCCACCCUCCCGCGCUCAGUGUUAUUCAGAGACCCGCCUGUGUGCUUUUGAUUUCUUACCUCUCUCUGACGAUGGUGUUUUUGUCGACUUUAGAGUGGGGAUAACCAACUGGAAGAGGGAGUUUUAGUCGACGUAGAACUUCAAGGUUUGGCCGUGAAAAUGUUAAGACAUUUGUUGAUAAAUGUUGUUGUCUGUAUAAAAUGUAUAAAAGCUAUAUGUUUAUGAAUAUUCAAUUAUAAAAAGUGCUUUGCAUGUGUACAGAAAAAAAAUGUAUCCUAUCCGUGAGAUUUUAAAAUACUUUUAUUACUGUAUAUUAAGACAUAUAUCAUUGGUGCCAUUUGUCUGAUCUGACACAGGAAACUCUUGUUUCAUAGUUGUAGGCCUCGUUUUGAUCAUGUUGCAGUUAGUCGAUUUUCACAAUUUUUGUUCAAAUUUUUGUUCAGUUUUUCUAAUUAGGGUAAUUUUUUCUUGUUUCUUCCAAUCAAAAAAUAUUUUUUUACAAUUUUCAUUUUUUCGCAUUUUUAUCUGUAAAAGUUGCGCAGUAAACAGUAUCUGAUUGUUUCUGCUGGCACAUGACGAAAAAUGUAUCCCAAUCUCUGUCAUUUUUGCUGGAGUGUUGCUCCGGAAAUUUCCAAAUAAACUGUUGGGAUCUGAUGAGCAAGUACUCACUUCUUCAUGAAGAUCCCAGGACAUACCGCUCAGUAUUAUAGCUGUAUUCAGCAUUGUUUAUUUUUCAUAAACUGCUGAAUUCCUGUUUUAUUAUUGUAUCAACAACAUAACAGUAUUGAAUGAAGAUUUGGCGUCGCCAAAUUUAUGUUUUCUUACAAGGUUGAUCGGUUGUGUGGAAAUUCAAGAAGAACUCGGGAGAUGUGGCACAAACUGCUGUUGAGCACUAGUCCAAGUAUAUACUAGCAUGAGACAGGAUACCUAACCAAGGAACCCUGGAACUAACGAUAUAAUUUAUUUAAUAUCAACUCUUGCUGUAAUUUUUGACACGUUCUGUUGUCUAAGCCCUUGAUGUGUGACGGGCAACUUUUGGGUUUAUUUAAACAUACCUUAACAGUAUUUGGUAUAUUUAGACCUGCUGCUGAUGAGGCUCGUAAAAAAUCGGCUGAAUUCUGAAAACUGCCAACAUGCAAAAAACUUUGAAAAUAAGAAAGGAAUGCGAUAUGAAAGAUUUCUCAAGGCUUUUUGCUUCAAGACAAGUAUUUUGGAAAAUGUGUCUACCUAGAAGUGUUUUUGUAUGUAAACUUAUUGUUAUUAUUUACUACUUGUUCUGCUGAAUGCAAUAUUAUCUGACUGAAAACGUGCUAUAUCUAUAAUGUAUUCAAGCCGAUGAUCGCCAGUCCUUAUUAUGUGUAGUAUGCACUGCCAGCUCUGAAAUGAGCCUUUAGUCUAAUGUUGAUAGGGACACGGUGUUAUAUUAAAAUGGAUAAUACACAGAGGAUUCGAGCCUUAUUAGUAAAUUGGGAGAAAUCAGGAGUUCAUAUGCGAAAGCCACUUCACAGGCCUCUUUGUGUAGACUUUUCUGCUGUGCCUUGCACCAAUUUUGUGUAUUGGCCUAAUGACUCUGUCUCCCGCCAGAGGUAGAGUCCACGCAAGCUACUCCUGUUUCUCACUUAGUGGGGUCUCAGCUUGCCCUGUCAUAGACAUGAGAUACAAGGAACCUCGGUUUUAAGUCUCAUUCAAAGGACUGUGAAGAGCCAAGAAUUGUAGUUCUUGAAAGCCACGCCAGUUCAUCCAGAAAUACAAUCCUGGGUUCUCCACGGUAUCCUGGGCCCUUCUGUGGUAGCCAGUAGUGUUGACCACUAGGCUCUGAGGCUUUGUGAGGAUUUGCAAUGAAACACUCUGGUAGUCUGAUCUGGGGUACUCUGUGACAGUGAGAGAUCUUCUCACAAAAAAUUUUCAGAAGGGCGUCCACAGCUUUUGCAUCAGAACUCAUCAAAUAGACUUGGUCUAGUUUCCUGACCAGGAAAUUGUAAGAAUUGUAACUUGAUCUGUCUCCCUUUUGAUGGUGGUACCUAUAUUGUUCCCUGGUUGAGUGGAAUUUUGAAAUAAAUAUGAAAAAUUGUAUGUUGGCGUUAA